UCAAUUUUGUAUAAUUUGUUAUGUUUGUUUUGUUUGUGUACAAUUGUGAACACGACUUUAUUUAACUCCAUAACAUUGUGCAUAAAGUACUCAAGGAUUAGUUCAUGGAAAUGAUUAGUGAGUACUUGGAGUACUGAUGAGAGUAUACAUGAUAUGUCAAGCGGUGACGUUGGACAACUGAGUUUUGAAGGUUAUCAAACGACAAAAAAGUUGAAGAUUUAAUAUUGAUUAAAAUCAGUUAAAUCAGGAUACUAGUUCGAUGCGGUAGAUAUCCGCUUUGGUCACCGCGAUUUGUUAUAUACUCCAAACAUUGCGUCUAAUCGUGACGGUAAACAGUCGUGUAAAUAUUAAAAAAUUUUGCAGGAAAACAAAGGUUAGGUACAACUUAAAAUAAUAGAAUGGCUUUAGGCACAAUAUUGCAAAAAGCUAUAGACCUGGUUACUAAAGCAACAGAAGAGGAUCGGAAUAAAAAUUAUGAAGAAGCACUUAGAUUGUACGAACAUGCAGUUGAAUAUUUCUUGCACUCUAUCAAAUAUGAAGCACAAGGAGAUAGAGCAAAGGAAAGCAUAAGAGCAAAGUGUACUCAGUAUUUAGAAAGAGCUGAAAACUUGAAAGCAUACCUGAAAAAGAGCAAGAAAAAACCUGUGAAAGCAGGAGAAGACAAUUCUAAGGCAGAAGAUAAGAAAAGUGACAGUGGAGACAGUGAUACAGAUAGUGAUCCUGAAAAGAAGAAACUUCAAAGUAAAUUGGAAGGCGCGAUAAUUAUUGAGAAACCAGAUAUUAAAUGGAGUGAUGUAGCUGGUCUUGAUGGAGCCAAAGAAGCUCUGAAGGAAGCUGUUAUUCUACCAAUACGUUUUCCUCACCUGUUCACUGGAAAACGAAUUCCAUGGAAAGGCAUAUUGUUGUUUGGGCCACCUGGUACCGGUAAAUCUUAUUUGGCAAAAGCGGUCGCGACGGAAGCCAACAAUUCAACAUUUUUUUCAGUUUCAUCCUCGGAUUUAGUAAGUAAAUGGCUUGGAGAAUCCGAGAAGCUUGUAAAGAAUUUAUUUGACUUAGCUCGUCAGCAUAAACCUAGUAUCAUAUUUAUCGACGAAAUAGAUUCAUUAUGUUCGUCACGAUCUGAUAAUGAAUCAGAAUCCGCGAGAAGAAUAAAAACAGAAUUUCUAGUUCAGAUGCAAGGUGUUGGAUCUGACAACGACGGUAUAUUGGUAUUGGGAGCAACUAAUAUACCAUGGGUAUUGGAUUCUGCUAUCAGGAGAAGAUUUGAAAAGAGGAUUUACAUUCCUUUACCUGAUGAGCAAGCUCGUGGUAUAAUGUUUAAACUUCAUUUGGGAAAUACCGCCCAUUGUCUUACAGAGGAGGACUUUAAAAAAUUAGCAGCUGCUACUGAUGGAUACUCUGGAGCUGAUAUAAGUAUUAUUGUGCGAGAUGCGCUCAUGCAACCAGUUAGACAAGUUCAAACCGCGACUCAUUUUAAACGUGUAAGAGGGCCAUCGCCAAAAGAUCCUUCUAUCAUAGUAGACGAUUUACUGACGCCAUGUUCUCCUGGAGAUCCAGCCGCUAUCGAAAUGAGUUGGAUGGAAGUUGAAGGUGACAAAUUAUAUGAACCCCCUGUAACUAUGAAAGAUAUGCUAAAGUCGUUAGCCACUACCCGUCCUACGGUGAAUGAAGAAGACAUGACUAAGUUAGAGAAAUUCAAAGAAGAUUUUGGGCAAGAAGGUUGAUAUUUAGACUUUGUUAAGAAGGAUACUGUACAUCUACGAAAGUAUCUUUCGGUUAUACAUGCACUUGCCUUAUGUCUUUUUUGAUCAUUGACAGACAUUGCUACCUAGUGUUUCAAUGAAAACACUUCUUAUGUUUAUUACUUCUUUUUUUUAAGCAGUCAAUUCGCAAUAACAAUGACGAUAUUGUAAACUUGAGGCUUUUUCAUGAACGCUGUUUGCCUGAAUCGAUACGAAAACAAAACAGAAUGAAUUAUAUAUUUUGAAGCGAAAAGCUGUUAGAUUUUAGUCAGCGAAAAAGAUUAUAGACUGUUUUUUAAAAGUUCAUAAAUGCAAAGAAAAAGUUAAAACGCGAGUAACGAAUUUUGGGCGUUUUUAACUUACAAUUUUCGCUAUAGUUGUAUCUAACAAAUUAACUGUACAAUACGUAGGUUUAAUAAGUAUUUCCGAAUAAUAUUUGCGCCCGUUGAUUAGCAGUUUCUUUAUAUGUUUUAUAAUUUUUAUUUUGCUUGAACAUUCAUAACAUGUGUCUACAAUAGCUAUAUUCAUUUACCCCUACAGUUAAAAUUACGAAUAAUCAAUCUGAAUAAUUCGUUGAACUAAAUGAAUGCGACUAUAUGUAGCACGUGAUAUAUGUGUACGUACUUCAAAUGAGCAUUAUACCAUUUACAUGUAAAUUGUUUUUAUUGUUAAUUAAAUAAAUAAUAAGCUGUACACAUUAA